AUGGCCCAUGGGAACCAGCAUGAACUUGCCCGCCAGAAAGAUAUGAAGAAGGCACAAGAACUGAAGGAAGAGAACAAGGAUAGUUUUUCAGCCUCUCAGGGGACAGACCCUGAGAUUGCACAGCAGAAGUGAAAAGCAGUUGAUGAGAAGAAAGCUCUUCAGGCCAGAGCAAAAUCAUCUGUGACUACAGAGAAGACCUAA